AUCACUACGACACACUCCAUUUUGUUUUCUUACGAUACCGAUACCGACACGACGCUUGAAAUAGUGUUUCUUUUGUACAAAAACUUCGUAAUUUAUUAGUAUUAAACCAAACGUCUUGUUAUAUUCAAGUGUUUAAAACAAAGUUGAAAUAAUGGGUCGUAAGAAGAAGAAGGCCUCCAAACCCUGGUGCUGGUAUUGUAAUCGCGAAUUUGAUGAUGAGAAAAUUCUGGUGCAGCAUCAAAAGGCGAAACACUUCAAGUGUCAUAUAUGCCACAAGAAGCUGUACACGGGGCCGGGCCUAUCCAUACAUUGCAUGCAGGUGCACAAGGAAACUGUGGAUAAGGUGCCCAACUCGUUGCCAAACCGCUCCAACAUCGAAAUUGAAAUCUUUGGCAUGGAUGGUAUUCCUGCAGAGGAUUUACGGGAUCAUGAGCGCCAGAAAAACGGCGGUAAAUCCGAUUCCGAUGAUGAUGAGCCGGCUGCCAAGAAAAAAGUUGAAUAUCCCAUGUCUGUGCCGCCGCCUAUGAUGAUGCCACCCAAUAUGAUGCCACCGCAUAUGUUGGGCCAGUAUGGGAUGGGCAUGAUGCAGCACAUGCCACCAUUGCCUCCAUAUCCGAUGCCAAUGAUGCCACACAUGAUGCCGCCGCGUCCCAUAUUUCCGGCGGCGAUGGCAACAACCUCGGCGGCAGCUGCUGCAGCAGCCGUUCAUCAUCAUCAUCAGCAGCAACACCAUCAACAGCAACAGCAGCAGCAACACGCCGCUGCCAUGGCUCAGCAGAAACCCACGUUUCCAGCCUAUAGUAAUGCCACCAUAAGUGCUCCACCUACUACCAAUAAUGCUGGUUUAGGUGGCGGUGCGGCGUCAAACGCUGCACCCUCACUUGCACCGGAUCCACACAAUCAGGGACGACCACCAAGUGCGGCUAAUGCAGUUGGCGGCGGCAGUCACGUUGUGGCCGCAGUUAGCACAAAGAUAAUGCAUCCAGCGGAGGAUGCCAGUCUAGAAGAGUUGCGCGCCCGUCAACCCAAGUAUCAGGCGCGUGUGGCUGCCGCCUUAGCAGCAGUCGCUGCAGCGCCGAAAAAUCACAGUCCCAGCCUCAAUAACGGUGGCGGUGGCAGCGGAGGUGGAAAUGGAAGCGUUGGCAGCGCUGCCUCAUCAAUGCCUUCGACACCGCCGCCGCCCUCGCUGUCCGGCAUCUCGCCAACGGGCAGCGCGGCCGCUGCGAACGCAAUCGCUGUGAGCACGGCCAUCUCCAAGGCACAGGAAACCGCUGCGCUGGUGGCCGUGGCGCAGGCGCAUGCACAGGCUGCCCAGGUGGCGCAGGUACAAGCUGCACAGGUGCAAGCUGCGCAGCAGCAUAUGCAGGCUCAGGUGCAGGCGGCACAAGUGGCGCAUGCCGUUGCCGCACAACAACACCAACAAGCACAGCAGCAGCAGCAACAACAACAGGCCCAACAGCAGCAUCAGGCACAGCAGCAGCAUCAGGCACAGCAGCAGCAGCAACAGCAGCAGCAACAACAGCAGCAGCAGCAGGUGAAACAAUUGGAGGAACUAAAUCGUGCUGUAAUGCUGCAACGUCUGCAGGCGGUACGGCAACCGGCCAACCAUGGUGCAGCUGCAGCGGCGGCUGCGGCCGCUGCCGCUGGCCUGGGCAUGAUGCCUCUGCCUGGCGGCCUGCAGCUGAUGCAGCCCAUGCUGCGCCCUGGCACAGUGGCCAUUGGACCCCAUGGCCAAUUGAUAGGUGGCAAUAUGCUGCGUCCUGGUCCGAUGCCUGGCAUGCCAGGUCUGCUGCCAAUGCAGGCAAUCGGUUUGCCUGGCUUGCCCGCGGGUGCUAUGCCGAUGCCGGGCAUGAGCGUAAUGCUGCCUGGCCAUCCGAAUAUGCUGCAGAUGAUGCAGCCACGCUUCAGAUGAUGCCUGCCCGCUGCGCCAGGACUCCUGCAGGCGCCAACACAGACGCAUCCGCACAGUGUGCGAGCGUUUCCACGAGCAGCGGCAUUGCCAGCGCUGCAUCCAGCGCAGGCGCAGUCAUCCCAGUUGGUGGGUUUGCCGUUACCCUUGUUAUUUCACGAUUGAAAUGGGAUGUGGCCAAUCAACCUACUAACAACAACAGCAACGGCAACGGCAACGACAAAAGACUGCGACAACAACAUCAACAACAACUAGUGCAAAAAGCAAUCACAACAACUGCAAGCAAGUUUUCAUACUCAAGCUACGCAAUUCCACAAAGCUCUUUUUCUUAAAUGUAUAACAGUUUUGAGACACUCGAUUCAUACACACAUACACACACACACACACAUGCAUUCACUGGCCGCACACAUACUAACAGCAAUAUGCGUAGCUUUAUACUGUCUAUACAUAUAUAUUCAGAGUAUUUUCUAGUUGAUGCAUCUAACUUUGCUUUUCGUUCGAUUUCCAAAUUCUUUUAACAUUUCUCCCACUAAAUUCGAGUGUACUUGCAAAACACACACACAUAUAUAUGUAUACAACACCAUAUUAAUUUUACUAACAAUACUCUGUAUAUGUGUGCUAAAUGAAUCGCAGCUCGCUUCUCAUCUGGCGUUCUCAAUCUAUCUCUAUCCCUUGCUCUUUGUGCUGGCACGCGGUUCUCUUUGCUAUAUUGUUUCUGUAGCGUCUAGUUUACUCUCUCUCACUAUCUCUCUACAUAUAAUUAUAUAUAUGAUAUAACACUCUCCCUAGCUUUAUAAUUGUUACUGUAUUUGUACAAUACGAGCUAAUUUCAUAAUACUUAACAUACUUAUAUAAUAUUUAAAAUAAUAUUUUUUGUUUACAUUCUUGUUUCAUAUAUUUAUAUAAAUAUUUUUUAUUUUAUUUUAUUUUUUUUUUCAUUACAUUUUAGUGUUUAGGGGCAAAAAAAAAGAAACAAGUUAAAAUACGCCCCAUUGUUAAACUCACUCACUCACACAAACUAUCUCUCUCUCUCUCUCUCUUUCGUUUUUGUAAUGUUUAUUCUCAGAUAGAAACGAAACAGUACGCUCCCCUCUCCCCCGGGUAAGAAUCGGGCGAUUUGUUUAAAAUACAUACAUAUACAUAUGUGCAUAUAUUGUAAUAGUGUGCGAAUUUGUAUUAUCUGUGCGUAGCUUUUUAGUUAAUUGUCCAAAUGUGCGAUGCUCCACAAACUGUUAUACAUACUGUUAUACAAUAUGAAUAUGUGUAGCCUCUUUUAACUGCAUUUAUGUACUUCUUAUCCCCCAUGUUCCCCCGCCUUUCAACACAAAAACAAAAGCAAAAAUGAUAUCAGUCGUCUUUCAUCCACUCGUUAUUCGUUACCCGUUACCCGUUACUCGUUACUCGUUACUUACAGCUGACAAACAAGUGUACUCGUAAGUUAUGUACAAAAUUUACUUUUGAUUUCGAUUUCCGCUUCAAUUUCGGUCGGCAACACUGCGAUCCCACAAUUCAGGUAUCUACAUUAAUUUUUUCUUUCUCAAUUACAUCAUUUAUAUGUAACAAUAUUUCUUGGUUAUGGUAUCGUACUAAUAUGCAAACAAUGCAAACAAUCCUCUAUCAAAUCUGUAGUUAUAAAGUAAUUCUCUCCAAAGCGUUUCCGCACAUUGUUAGUAAGUACAUUCAUUUCUAGUUCGUUUCAAUAUAUAUCUAGCAAUCCAUAGUUAGUUUCUUUGUUAACGUAGCGCUCUUCCAUUGGUUCACGGACUUCAAAAACUCUAGCUUCCUAGCAAACUAAAAACAAGUUUUUAACAAUAAUCAAGCUGAGGCUUUAUCGAUGGAUCUUAAUGAUGUCCAUGUACAACUAUUACUAAAUCAAGCGUUUUAUACCUCCUAAGUUGGUCACAGAAACUCUUUUCUUUUUGUAUCUGUAGCUUGUAAUUGCAGGGUAUAUCUAUAUGUAUUUAAUAAUAGAGUUCUGGCAUGAUUUUCAGAAUCGGUCUCAAUCGGAAUACUCGCCCAGUGUAGGCUAGUCAAACUUUGUUACCAAACAUCCCUCAACCUACCCUCUAACAGAUAGACCGUAUGUACACUAACAUGUAUUUGUAAAACAUAUAUCUAUACACAUACACACAAACAUAUAUAUGUUAUGUGUAACGGUAACUACUUAUAUAUACUAUGUAUGUAGUAUCAAACGUAAGACAAGUGAAAAAUCCUCCAGAGUUCUGAUGGUAAUUUGUGCCGCGUAGUCUCUGGUUGGGUUUAGCGCAAAAUUGAUGUUGGACUCUCGGGUCUGGCAUAUUCGCCGCAUUGCCUUUUUCAAUGCCACGCCCACCGCCCAACACUCUAUCUCUGUUAUCUCUAGGUGGGGCCGUUGGCAUUUAUGCGAUGUUAGAACGGCGUGCUUCAGACGAGUGUACCUCAAUGCGGGACAGACAGACAUAAAUCGAUUUGGUGGCUCUCUAAAUACACACAAACACACACUCACACGCACAUACUACUUAACUGCUAGUUAAAUAUUUGACAACAACUAUCGUAUAUCUCAAUUGUAAAUAUAUUUCCUGAGCGCGUUUUAUAAUUGUUAUUUAUUUUCUUUUUCAUCAUUGUCAUUUUUUUAUUAGUAAAUGUAGUUUGUUGAUUUUUCAUUAAGCGUCCAAGUAUUCCUUUCCCAUUUUGAGCUAUUGGUGACGGUCAUAUUGUGUUCGUACAGCUGAACUGAUAGUCUUGCAGUAUGUGAAGGAAAUUUAUUGAUAUAUCGUGUUCCGUGCUAGUAAUCAGAGAUUUUCUUGUUAUAUUAAUGAAACUGAAACAACAAUUUCUUAUGAUGAAGUAUUUUCCUAAAAUUCGAGAAUUAGCAAUAACUUAACUUGCAUAAUCUAAGCUGCCAUAGGGACAAUCCAGUGUAAAGGUUUACAUAUAAGGUAUACAUAUGUAUAUAUAAUUAGUGUAAAGCGAAUUAACUCAAUCUCUGCUUUAACAUCUGCAAUUCUAUAUAAAACUUCGGCUAGCCGUUGUUCUCUCUUCAUUUACUUUCUCUUUGAUCUAUAACUGUUAACUCUUGCGAUAUACAUAUAUAACUCUGUAUCAUAUAUCAAAUAUACAAUAAUUGUAAAUGUAAGCUGCACGCGUUGUUUGAAGUACAAAACAAAAUAUAAAAAAAAUCGAACUCGUUUUCUCAUAGGUGUUUUUAUAUAUACUAUAUAAAUCUAUAUGUCAAGCCACCAAAAUUGUCUGUCCUUAGCGCUGGGCGACACGCGAGUAGCUGAAAAAAGGCGCAGAUAUACACACCGUCUACUCUAUAUACCCUACUAAGUUUUUUGCUUAACAUCUGUCUGCGCUGCUCAGUCGAAAACGUGUCACAUCAAUUUUGCUGAGCGAAAAGUUCCCUGCGUCCAAAACUUAAAGAUGUCGUAAGAUAUCUCGAGUGUGUGUGUUUUUUGUAGCAUGCCCCUUUAUCCUUACACACAUACAUAGAUCCCCAUGACGCAGGUGAUGUGCUGUCCCGCCCUCUUUGUUGACUCUGCCCUCAGCCCAGUUUUUAUCGGCACAUCACAGUUGUCUAAAACUCAACUGUUGGACUUUUCGGUCCUUGUCUUGCUCUAGGCUCUAAUACUUUUGAAUAACUAUAUAUAAACCCACACUCCACACACAAAUACACCUACAUCAACAUAUAACUCACUCUAUCAUAGAAGCACGCAUUACGGGAGGCGUUCACGAUGACUACCACGCCCACUUUCAUGCGAGGGCACAGAACAGACAGUUUUGUGUUUCGUUUUUAUAGUGUUAAUUGUGAUUAUUGAAUAAUGCUAUUUUUUUGGAUGCCCUCUCUCCUUCUCAAAUUAAGUUUUAGUCGAUAGCAAAUUUCGAUAACAAUCGAUUAAUAAUAAAAAAUAUAUAUAAUUGCUUUAAUAGU